GCUGCUGCUGCUGCUGGGUGAACUUCAGGCGCUGUAGUGUUUGAUCAGUUGAUGCGCUUACCUCUUCUGACGGGCUUUAACAUCUCCUGACAACACUGAAGAAGAUGCUCCUUGUCAUGGCUCUCCUUCAGAUCCUUGCUGUGCUCUUCCUGCCAAGAGCUUGGGGACAGAGUAGCAGCAGCGGGUUUGGUGUAGUGGUAGAGGCGAAGAACAUCACUCUUCCUGCAGGAUCUAAGGCCGUCCUACCCUGCCACAGCCCCCGCAUGGUAUGGACUCGGGACAGACUGAAGGACCGUCAGAGGGUGGUGCACUGGGACUUGACCCCCAGCAGCCCAGGAUAUGCCGUGGAGCGAGUCUUGGACAUGUCGCCUGGGGCCAAGCAGCGGGUCUACAACGGCUUCAACAAGGGACGCAUUUCCGUCCCAGACUCUGCUUUUAGCGAUGGCAACUUCUCCCUUAUUAUCAACAAUGUGAUAGCGACUGACAAAGGAGUUUAUACUUGUAAUUUACACCAUCACUACUGCCAGAUUCACCAGUCCAUUCAAAUCCAGCUUAAUGUCACUAAGUCAGCUCGAAAAGAGAAACGAUACUGGGAUGGAGAGAAGACUGUGUUUGUGGUCCUGUUGGGCAGCUCAGUGGUAUUGCCUUGUGUGAACCGGCGCCCCCUGUGGAGAGAGGGUCUUCAGGAGGAAGAGCAGCAGGUGGCUCACUGGGACUUCCAGCCCCCUGGAGUGCGUCCUGAUAAGGCUGACCGUCUGGUGGACCUGUAUGCCUCCGGAGAACGUCGGGACUAUGGACCUCUCUUCGCACAGAGCAAGAUGAGUGUGGCAGAGGAUGCUUUUACAUUAGGAGACUUCUCACUGUACAUCUCUGACUUGAGACCUGCUGAUAAAGGCCUUUACUCCUGCCACCUACACCACCACUACUGUGGUCUGCAUGAGAGGCGCAUCUUCAGACUCACUGUGGGACCUCCACUCCUGUCUGAUUCCACUCCAGCACCCAGAAUUUUCCAGAAUGACGAACCAGAACCAAGUGACGGGGUAGAAACUCCACAUGUGGUUAAUGUCUUCAUCCCUGAGCAUCGGAGUUAUUUCAUGCAGCAUUUGGGCUACUUCCUGGCAACGUUCCUACUGCUGGGGUUUAUCGUCAUUGCUGUCAUUGUGUUGACUCGACGGCGCAAAAAGAGAGGGCUGGAGUAUGAGCUGGGUAGAUCCCAUCGGGGAGCUGGAAUCACUAGAGGUGAAAUAGCUUUAGACUGCACAGAGCUGAAGACCUGUAACCAAGAGCCUUUGAAUUCAGAGUACAAAAACAACUUACUGAAAGAGCGAGAUAUGGCUAAAGACUGCAAUAACGAAUUUGAUGGGAAGAUGUGGAAGUGAAUGUGAUAUUUGAGACGCUGCUGGCAGGUCCAGGGCAAACACAGGAAGACGUAAAGGACUAUGAAGAAAAAGGAGAAAAACAGGAAACCCAGGAGAGGACAGGAGGAAUGCUCCCUCUGCUGUAACCCUACCACACUAAGCUUUUUCAGUAACGGACAUCAUCAUUUUUUUUUUUUUUUUACCUGAUUAAGACAAAAAAUAUAUAUAUAUGAUAUAAAACUCACUUUCCCACUAGCUGUUAUAACCGUGGGUUAAACAUAUAUUUGAUCCUUCCUCUUUGCAUUCAUUGUUUGGUUAAUAUUAAAUACAUUUUCUUGGAUGGAGGGAUGGACAUUUUCUUUUAUCAUACUUACUUUUAUUUUUUUGUUAAAUGCAUGCUCUUUAUUGAGGUAUGUUUUAUUAUGCACUGUGCAUGCUUAUGGAGCAGCAAUCUUACAGCUGUUAUUAAUUCUUGAAAUUUGGACAUUUUCUUUUUUUUUCUUUUUUUUUGCACAAAUUCUGCUGUAGAAUCACGAAAGAUAUUUCAUUUCAUUGUGUUUCAUACUUUAAUUAGUGUAUGUUGUAGACAUUUUCAAAAGGUGUUUGGAAACAAGUAUGACAUAUUUCUAGCUACACAAAAACAGAUCUCAACAGUGGUAACAAAGGGACUACUUUUUUUUUGUGGGUUUUGCUUACAGAAAGGCAGAUUAAAAUUCUCCUCCCCAUAUUCUACCCAAACUGACAUGCUGUACAAUUACCUGGGUCACUGAAAAUCAGGUGAAAAGUAACAUUGUUAGUUGUAUGAAAAUGAACUGGAGGCUCAGUCUGUGCAAACUCAGGAAAAAUUUUUGAACCAUGUGAUAUUGUGCCCUGAUUUGUAAAACACUGAAUUUUCAUUAAUGAAACUGCUGGUUCAUAAUACAGGUACAUGGUCUGUUAUCAACUGUGUGGCUAUACUUCUGUGAGGAAAAAUGAGUGUCUACUCUAUCAGUACUGCUAAAUUGCAAGAUGUAAAUUAACACUUUUUCUUUCUUUUUUUUUUUUACUCUUUCUUGCAUUUUCUGUCUGGCUCACCUGCGCGCUUUAAUGUUCCUCUCCUCUAAUAAAGAUUUCUUC